UUAUCCUGCCUUUUCCAUUUUUGCUUGUUUUGAGUGUGUAUACUACAGUCUACAUUUGUAAUACUAGAACACAUUGGCCAGGGAUAGAUCUUGAUAGAAGAGGGAGCUCAGAUUUAAAAUGAUAAGAAUAUCUGGUGUGAUUGGGCUUUUGAAGCACAGAUGAAAAAAUAGCAACUAUGGUAUGAGUUUUUCUUUUCAGUUAGAUUUUCAUUUAUUGGGUUGAAUUAUGCAGUUCACGUGUCACAUGUCGCUUCUAUUAGUUGUUGGGUGUGAAGUGAGAGUAUAAGAGCUGGGGUUAGUGUGUUUAUUGUGAUUGCGAGUGUCAAAACCCUAAUAUCAUUUUUGGUCCAGUAGGAUCAGGGAUUAUUUUAUUUUGAGGUGUGCAGUGGAACUGUCAAUGACAAGUAGUUGAAUAAUUUGCCAACUAAAGUGGUUGAGAUCUUACUCACACCAGAUGGUGACAAUGUAUUUAUAGUUUGUCUGCUCCUGCCACUACCAAGGAAAAUGAAGUACAAUUGUUGGGUUUUAUGUUUGAUGGUGAUCUUGUUUUUGGUUGUUGUAUGUAAAAAGUGGUUUUAAUUAGCUGGGCUCUGUGAUGGCGGAUGCACAUACACAUUCGUAUGGUUAGAAGGUGAUGUGCAUGGACCCGGACUGGGACCGUAGAAGAUUGCUUGCUCAAGCAGUUGUGCGACUGUUUAAAGAUGUAAAUUAAGGUGCGCUCAUGUAUACAGAUAUAUGUUUAAUAUACUUGCUUGUGUGUUUGGUAUUUUGCUCAGGUCAGGUCAGGUGUUAUUUCAAUUCCUGACAUCUUUGCGGGGAUGACAUAAAAACCAGUGUGUCUGCUUAGGGAAAAGUUGAAAAAUACUCAGAGAAUUAGUAUGAAGUGGUGAUGCUUAAUGCUUGUUGAUGUGAUGUGGUGUGGUUUAAAAUGGAUAGGAGUGGGUGAGUGGUGAGCGUUAUGGGGGGUGGGGUUGGUGUGACACAUUAAUUCAUUGUAAUUACAGGACGAUGGAUAAGGUAUGGGAGAAACAUAAAUCACCGCUGUUGCCUGUUGCCUGUUGGCGUUAAAAAUGUGUGCACUUUGUCGGCGGGUUCAGCUCAGUUUUAGAUGGAACACACACACCAAACCAACUAACCUCCACUUAAUGCUUUAAGCUAAUCAUGGAUUGGAGGUUCUCAAAUUUAUUGGUAGGCCCCAAACCAAAAGCUCACAUUUAUUACGGAGUAAUAAAUUAACGACCAACACCGCAAUUUUUGUUUAACUACCAAAGAUAUCCUCCUCCAUAAGCAUUGAGCAUUGAGCAUUAAGCAUUAAGCAAGCAACGGUCGUGAAGUUAGGUGGAAUUGGGAGGGAACUCACAAGUCACGAUGCUGCUGCUUGGGGGGAGCAGGAUUUCGUCACUCUUGAGAAGCAGGCCGCCAGCCAAGAAGAGGACCAUCGUUGUUGGCCUCAAAUCCGAUAAUGAUAGUAGAGAAAUGCUGCUUCGGGUGCUCACUUUGACGGUCUUCCCCGGUGACAGCGUGCUGGCCAUUCAUGUUCAACAAUCAGAUGACACAUUUGAUCCCAAUACAUUUCACAUCCACGAGGAUCUCUGUAAAUCCAAGCAGGCGGAGUUCCAAGUGAAGGUUUGCAUAGGAAACUGCUAUGUCACGGAACUGAGCUUUCAAGUACGUUUACACUUUGCCACCAUUCUUGCCGUUGGAUGUAGCAGUCUAUGCCCCCAUGAUUCAUCAGUGGCCAAACUGUUGAGAGCAUUACCUCCUACUUGCAAACUUCUGGUUAUGGACAACGGAGGAAAGGUCCUACUUCAGAGACAGGGAACUUCUCAAGAGGGCUCUCUGCUCAAAGUUCUUCACACUAGUCCACAACCGCCUGCUUUCCAUAAACAACUUCUUCUUUUCUCUUCUUUAUCAGCGUCCACUAGCGGUGGUGACAAGUCAAGGAAUAAAUUUCAGAUUCAGAAAUCAUUGACAAUGCCAUCUGCACGUCCCUCCUCCUCCGAUCAAUUGCUAUUUCAUCAAACUGAGAAGAAAGAUACGCUCCCCAAGUUCAACAAGGAUGGUGUUCUUACCAAACAAUUUUUUCAAAGAUUAGCAAGCCUACAAGUAAUGGGAUGCACCAGAUGCUUCACGGUGGAUGACCUCGAACAUGCAACUGCAAAUUUUAGUCCCCACUUCUUAAUUGGAGAAGGUGGGCACAGUCAGGUGUAUCGAGCCAUUAUUGACAACGGUUUUGCUGCUGCAGUGAAGCUCCUUAAACCCUCUCCCUAUUCUCAAGAUGAUCUUCUCAGAGAAGUGGAAAUAUUGACUAGUAUUAAACACGCCAACAUCAUUCAGCUAGUUGGGUACUGUUACACCCAGGAGAUUCAGGCAAUUGUUUUCAACUUAUCGAGGGAAAGUUUAAAGCAGAAACUGAGAUACAUGAGGUGGAAUGAGAGAAUGCGAGUUGCGAUAGGAGUGGCAAGGGCACUGGAAUACCUCCAUUCUCUCACUCCUCCUAUCAUUCACAGAGAUGUGAAAUCCUCCAACAUUCUUCUUUCAGAUGGUUGUGAACCACUGCUCUCAGAUUUUGGAGCAGCAGUUGUACACCCGCAGAUUCAACAAGCAGCUAUGCCCCAUGCAAAACCAGUCAAUGUUGUAGGUACAUUUGGAUACCUGGCACCAGAGUAUGUGAUGUAUGGCAAAGUUGAUGAGAAGAUAGAUGUCUACUCUUAUGGGGUUGUUCUCCUUGAACUAAUCACUGGGAAAGAGGCCAUUGAGAGAAACCCAACAUCUAACCAAGAUAGCUUAGUACUCUGGGUAAUGAACAAUAGGAUAUNCAACACCGCAAUUUUUGUUUAA